UUCUUAUUCAGCCAAUUUACUUAGCUGAUGACCUCCACUUGAAGCAUGCUAGCUGCUUCAAUCACUGUCGGAGAGUGACACCCGUGGAGUUGCAAUAAUGACCCUAAUCUACUAAGUCCUGGGUUUUGGACGCAUUGCAUGUUCCUAUCCCAUCACCCACGAGGUAUAAAGCUGGGCGAAUUCGCACUGAGAUUCCAUUCUAUCCACAGCAACUCACUCCUUCCUUUCCUACAUAUCUCUUUGUCACUCUUUACAAGUUUAACUUCUGUUGAUCAGAACCUCAUCACCAUGCGCUCUCUUCAGCUCCUCGCACUCGCUGCCACUGGCUCUCUCGUUACCGCAGCCCCUGCGUCCCGGGAUCUCGCCCAGAGAUCCUCUUGCACUUUCACCUCUGCCGCAGACGCCAAAGAAGGUGUCAAGAAAUGCUCCCACUCCAUCUUGAAGGAUAUUGAGGUUCCCGCCGGCGAGACCCUCGACCUGUCCAAGGCUGCUGAAGGCUCUACGGUCACCUUCGAAGGCACCACCACCUUCGGAUACAAGGAAUGGAGCGGCCCUCUCAUCCGUCUCGGUGGCAAGGGCGUGACCUUCACCCAGUCCUCUGGCGCUGUCCUUGACGGCGAGGGUGAGCGCUGGUGGGACGGCAAGGGCACGAAUGGCGGCAAGAAGAAGCCCAAGUUCAUGUAUGUGCAUGACAUCGAGAAUUCGUAUGUCACGGGUCUGCACAUCAAGAACACGCCCGUCCAGGCCAUCAGUGUGGAAGGCACGAAUGUGCACCUGACUGAUAUCACCAUCGACAACAAGCUGGGUGAUAGCAAGGGUGGUCACAACACCGAUGGCUUUGAUAUCAGUGACAGCACGGGUGUCUAUAUCAAUGGCGCCAAGGUGUAUAACCAGGAUGAUUGUCUUGCUAUUAACUCUGGUGAGACCAUCUACUUUACGGACGGAUACUGCUCCGGUGGCCACGGUCUGUCAAUCGGCUCAGUCGGUGGCCGCUCCGAUAACACCGUGAAGGACAUCCACAUCGAGGAUAGUCAGGUCGUGGACUCUGCCAACGGUGUUCGCAUCAAGACAAUCUACAAGAAGACCGGCGAGGUCGAGGACGUGACCUACUCCAACAUCAAGCUCUCCGGCAUCACCGAGUACGGUGUGGUCAUUGAACAGGACUACGAGAAUGGUAGCCCCACGGGUACCCCGUCGAACACGAUCCCGAUCAAGGAUAUCACUUUGGAUGGCAUCACUGGCUCCGUGGAGAGCGAUGCCCAGGCCAUCUACAUCCUGUGCGGUGAUGGUAGCUGCUCCGACUGGACCUGGAAGGACGUGGAUGUCUCCGGUGGCAAGGACAAGAAGAAGUGCGAGAACGUUCCCUCUGGCGCUUCUUGCUAGGCUUCCUCGGGCUGAUAUUGCUGUGAGCUUUUUGUUCUUCUUGAGUAUCGAUAAUUAGUAGGUGAAGGUUUGGUUAGAUAACAGACUGUAUAUAGUUAACAUAGGAGCCU